UCCAAACAUAGUUCUCAGUAGGCAUAGGAGGAUUCUGUCACAACGCGAUAAUUUUUUACCAAGAACUAUCCAAAUUUUAAGUAAGGAUAAUAUUUUUUGGUAAUUAUGGCAGAAUUACUUGAAACUCCCGAAAUUCAAAGAUCUGUUGAAGAGACACAAGAGCUGGAUUCAACACCACAGGGAUCCGAAUCACAAUCGAUGUCUGUGAAAUUCUCCAAGCUCACGGCCUCAAUCAACUCCUCGCAACCAGAAAGCGUUCUGAUGUUAUCCAAAGCUCAACAGGUUAUCGUUUGUGAUGACCAGCUGUGUGAAAUAGCACCAAAAGUUCAUGAGCCAGAUCAGUCAGAGAGCAAAUGCUUCCCCGAGGACAGUUCGAAAGCCGAUAUAAAGAGUGACGCACCUGAAGAACCGUACGCAGAGCUAGAGCUUCCAUUCAAGAAGAACAGACGAGUGCAAGUUCCAUCUUCAGAUAUCACCAAAGGGAUCUCAAGCAUUGAGCCCUCCCCAAAAAAGCCACCCAAAAAGAAGUUUCAAGAUCCCACACCACAAAAGAUUGGAGUUCUAAUUGGUGUUCCUUGUCGGCGUAAAUCGUCAAUAAAUGGCAGCCCCGAAGUUGCGCAGUUAGAAAUGCUGAAACACUUUUCACUGGUAUUCUUGUUUUCCCGUUUGAAGAACCCAUUGAAAUGGGAUUUGUCCACAUUUGAAGAGAUACGAUCGUUGGGUGACUCGGUCGAUUGUUCACAAGUCACUACAAGGUUGUGUGUUCAGUAUCAAGGGCUUGAUUACCAUCUAGGGCUGACAAAUACGGUUGCCAAAGGACGUAUCAACUCCACCAAUGAUGCCCCUCCACCGACGUUCAAGAGUGCACUGAUUGAGCACGUGUCAAGCCACAGCGGGCUGGUGGUAAAAUGCGAAUCCCACUACAUGAUGCUAUGGAGAAUAGCCGACGGCUACUAUCUUUACGAUUCCUGCUUGAAUGAGGUAUCCCAGCUGAUGUUCUUCAACAGCCUUAAGCUGGUGAUGGAAUUCAUAAUUGAAACGAAACAUUUGAACGAUCGUUCCAAGUUCUACAUGUCAAAAAUAGCGUGGCACUCUGUAGACGACACAAGGGUUGUAACACUCAAGCGAAAGUCACGAGUCGCCAAAAGAUUCGAAAUUUUGAACUCCAAGGAAGCAUUGCUCAUGGGAGAUCGAUUUUUCAAAAAGUCAGGCUUCAAACUUGAAUCGCUGCGAGUAUCUCUGAAUGCAAUCUAUUUAUCCGAGAAGAUUGAAGCUAGAUCAUGGGAUGCACAUAUUCUGAACAGUUUGUUCGAUGGGCAAAUGUGUGACAAGGAGAUUAACAAGUUGGGCGUGUUUCUACUAGAGGAAGGACAAGAGGAAGGCUAUCUCUUGGAUAAAGUGAGAUUGAUUCGAUUGGACGUUGCCUUAGACUACACACAGCGAGAACCAUUCGAGAAGUUGGUGAAUCGAUUUCUGGCCAUUCGGGUUGCCAUAAUACUGCGGGUGGAUGAGUCAUAUUUUUCGAUCUGGUCAAGCGAAAGUAUCUUGUACUGGUUUUCUCCGUUCCGUUAUGAUGCACUAAGGUUGGACCCAGAAGAAUUGGAAGACAAGGCUGGUUUUCUGUUUGCAUUCAGCUCGUUGGACAGAUUGUCUACGGUACUGUUUGAGUACUUAACAGAGAUUGGGCUGCUGCCUACACACCCGAUCCACUUCUUUACCGUUGAUGGGGAAUACUUCGGUAGAGCUAAUCGGCCAACUAUAGUGGACAGCCAAGAUUCAUUGAUGCGCAGCGAACUGGAGAUCAACGUACCGGAGGGAAUUAAAGCAAAAGAGUACGUUCAGAUCGGUGAUUUUCCCCCGAUGACGCUGUCGGAGGCCAAACUUUGUCGUAUAAUGUUGCGAGAAAUUUUGGGUGGUGCCGAAAAUGGAUAUGACGAAUAAAUCUUGUGUUU